AUGGAUGGCCUCUAUGAACUAGCAAACCGGGCUCAGGAUCUUUGGACGACUCUGAAAUCCGAUCCCAAGCAGCUCAACAUCAGCCCAUUUGACUACAAGUCGGCGCUUUUUGUACUCGGCGCUACUCUCGCCGUUGGUUGUGCUUUCAGCCGCUGGAGGCGCAACGAGAAAACUCACAACAAACGACAUUCGUACACCCCCGGAUCCAAACGUGCUUUUGGAGACUGGGCCCCACAAUCAUUUUCCUACCCCAAGUUCGACGCAUCAAGCUAUCCGCUCAACGAGAUUAAGCCACCAAUGUAUCGGCCAUUUCGGUGGGGUGAAUAUCAUGUCACGAUGGGCAUUCGGAGCAUGCACUGGGGUGAAUGGAUUGAGCUUGAUGACCAAUUCGAAAGUUACUAUCGAAUCCGCAAGCAUCGCUUGGAAAGUAAACCCCGAGAGCUUUUGACGGUUUUGCCAGCCUCGGUUAGGAGCCACGAUGGAGAAGGCGAACAGGUGCACAUCGCCGGCGGUUCUGCGGGCGCAAUUGAACUUGUCCAUGAACUAGCAGAAUAUCUCUCUCGUCGUUACCCAACGACUUUCCAGGUCGAAAGACAUGACAAGUCUUUCCACAACUACCCUUGUGGGUGGGAUGGUCUUCCGCCGAUCAAAGCUGUGAAAGUUUCUGCUGUCGACGAGAAAUUUGAACUCCCGAUGCCUUUACCUCUUGCUUACAUUGGUCAGGAGACUCCAGAUAUAAUUCGGCAAGGAGAAGAAGCAAUGCGCAUCGCGUCACUUUUGGUUCAGGAUGAUCUAGCACUAAUGGUAGAAGGUACCAACGGGGGCUACUACUUCCAGGCUGGUGCGAUACUCGUCGGAGGCUUUUGGCGCAUGGUGGACAAGAUUGGCAAACGCCUCGACGAAAUCCACAUCAGCGGGCACGUUCCUCAAUACGCCGAGAAACUCCAAGUUUCUCUCGAACGCUUCUUCCGACGACUUUCAGUCGACAAACCAGUUGUACGAAACAACUAUUUCGUCCAAAUUUCACCUCCGUCCCCAGCCAAUUCAACUGUUGAUCCAGAUCAACUUGCAUGGGGCGAAUAUGUCCUUGGACCAGAAGAGACGUAUGGUGGUAUUAAGGGCACAUCAGCCCCCAUUCCUCCGCCACCAGUGGUCACCCCACAAAAUCUCCGCAUGAGAACGGAACGCCAAACUUUGCGUCGUCUUCCCCGUAGUGGAGCCAUCGUCUUCACUAUCCGUACAUAUCUUGUACCAGUGGAAGAGCUAACGCGAGAGCCUGGUGUUGCUGCUCGAUUCGCCAGCGCGGUGCGAAGCUGGACGGAGGAUGUAGUGGAGUAUAAAGGCCAGAGAAGGUACAGCGAUGUGUUGUUGAAGUACCUCGACGAAAUGGCAGCAAAGGAUGAAUCUGGGGAAAUCGAAACGAGGCCUUAUCCUUUCUGA